CAAAGUCCAUUUAUGCAGCUUAAUUCUCCAUAGCCAAUAGCAUCACUGCUUUGGAGGAAAAUGUAUUACACAAGAAGGAAGCGACUGCAGCUGAGCCGGGUCCUGUUUCUCCUCUCUGGCGUUUUUCUCUGCACCCUCUACCAUCUGACCAUCAGUGCCAGACUGUAUGAGCCUUUACCAAUGCCUCAGAUUGGAGAGGACUUUGGAGAAGGUUCAACAGAGGGGGUUGAGGAGACUACAGUAGAGACUCAGGGGCUGGAGGAGCCUCUCACUGUAACACAUGAAUUAGAGCCCACAGACCAAACAACACCAGAGAUGCACGUGGUACAUCGUACGGAUGCAACUUCAGAUUCUACGGCAUCCACCUCCACUGAAUCGCCACCAUUGCCAACUACGAACCGGACCAUUGUGCACUGCAUCUACGUGGCCCCUGAGCCUCCACAGGAGACCCCCACGCCAGCUCCGGCGCCUCCUGUAACCACCAUCACUCCGGCUUCUCCUGGUGAAGCACCACAUGUUAAGGGUGAAUACCCUGAGGAUUUCUUCUCUGUUGAAGACCGCAGACGAGGCUGGGUGAUCCUCCACGUUAUUGGGAUGAUGUACAUGUUCAUUUCACUUGCAAUUGUGUGCGAUGAGUUCUUUGUUCCUGCGUUGGGUGUGAUCACAGACAAGUUGGCCAUCUCUGAUGAUGUGGCAGGAGCCACUUUCAUGGCUGCUGGAGGUUCUGCUCCUGAGCUUUUCACCUCGCUGAUUGGAGUCUUCAUCGCCCACAGCAAUGUGGGCAUUGGCACAAUCGUUGGUUCAGCAGUUUUCAACAUCUUGUUUGUGAUUGGAAUGUGUGCUUUGUUUUCACGGGAGGUACUUCAUCUAACCUGGUGGCCACUUUUCAGAGAUGUAUCUUUCUACAUACUUGACCUCAUAUUACUCAUCAUCUUCUUCUUGGAUAAUGUUAUAAUGUGGUGGGAGAGCUUGAUGCUGGUUACCAGUUACACUCUUUACGUGGUUUUCAUGAAGUUCAAUGUGCAAAUAGAGCAGGCCUUCAAGUCCCAACUCCACAAACAUAAGAACAUUGUCAAAGUCAUUGCUGUGGAAGAACCUGAAAAGACAAGUGGAGACGAUGAAGAUAAAGCCAGUCCUGCUCCAGAGGACAAGAAUCGCUUAAAGCUGAAACCAUCCCUUCAGCGAGGGGGAAGUUCAGCUUCUUUACACAACAGCACAAUGAGAAACACCAUCUUCCAACUCAUGAUCCACACCUUAGACCCUCUCGGAGAGGAUGGUGGGGGAAAAGCUGAGCAGACCAAACAGCCAGAGGUUGCCCCAUCGACAGAAACAGAGAAGAAGGAGCAGCCAGAGGACAAGAAGGAGGAUGUGCCUGCAGGAGAAGAUGGCUCAGGAGCAUCUGAAGGCUCUGGAGAUGAUGAAGAUGACAGUGGCGAAGAGAGUGAUGAGUCCAGUGAAGACGAAGAUGAUGAUGAGGAUGAAGAUGAGGAGGAAGAAGAAGAACAGGAGGAGAAAGAAGAUGAACCUCUGUCUUUAGAGUGGCCAGACACACGACGUAAACAAGCCACCUACCUCUUCCUGCUCCCCAUCAUCUUCCCUCUGUGGCUCACAGUUCCAGAUGUCCGUAACCAGAAAUCCAGAAAAUUCUUUGUGGUCACCUUCCUGGGCUCUAUUUUGUGGAUUGGUGUCUUCUCCUACCUCAUGGUGUGGUGGGCCCAUCAGGUGGGUGAGACUGUUGGCAUCUCAGAGGAGAUUAUGGGCCUUACUAUCCUGGCUGCGGGGACGUCCAUUCCUGACCUCAUUACCAGUGUGAUUGUGGCCCGUAAAGGCCUGGGAGACAUGGCUGUGUCCAGCUCUGUGGGCAGUAACAUCUUCGACAUCACUGUGGGCCUUCCAGUCCCGUGGCUCUUGUACUCCAGCAUCCACAGUUUGGCUCCAGUGGCCGUCAGCAGCAACGGACUCUUCUGUGCCAUUGUGCUGCUCUUCAUCAUGCUCCUCUUUGUCAUCAUCUCCAUUGCAUCCUGUAAGUGGAAGAUGAAUAAGGCACUGGGUUUCACCAUGUUCCUGCUCUACUUUAUCUUCUUGGUGCUUAGUGUGAUGCUGGAAGAUCGCAUCCUUAUCUGCCCCAUUUCCAUCUGAACUUGUCUAUAGCAGGCGUUCUCUUCACUUGUGACCUGAAGCAGAACUUACAUGCCCGUGCAGAUCUCGUGAGGAUGGAUCUGAAUAUCUGUAGAAACUGUGCAGAAAGCUACUGUAGUUGCUCUGCAUUGCUGCCAUCGACAAGUGCCAGCUAUGUCAGCAGCAAAACACACACUACAACAUUUUCUAGAACUUAUUUCAUACUCACUUUUAGUAACAA